AUGAGGACGUUUCAUCCAAAAGCCAAGGCCAUGGGGGACCCCCUGUCAGACUGCAGCCCCCUCAUCAGUGCAGCAUUGUCUGGUAAGCUUCGUCUGGUCCGCCUGCUGGUGGAAGGUGGGGCUCAGAUCAACGGGCGCAACCCGCGAGGAGAGACCGCUCUCCUGGCCGCCUGUAAGGCCCUGAAAGGGGAGCCUGCUGGGCCUGAGACGGUGAAACUCCUCACAUACCUGCUCCAGAACAAGGCAGAUGCAAACGCACAGGACCGGGCCGGGCGCACUGCUCUGAUGUACGCCUGCAUGGAGCGAGCAGGAGCUCAGGUGGCGUCCACCCUGCUGGCCGCGGGAGCCGACCCCAGCAUGGAGGACUACUCCGGGGCCUCGGCACUGGUGUACGCCAUCAAUGCGCAGCACCAGCCGACACUGAAGGUGUUGAUGGAUGCCUGCCAGGCCAGAGGUCGUGACAUCAUCAUCAUCGCCACAGAGAUGGGUGUGAAUGGAGGCCCGGUGACCAGGCGUUACCUGAAUGUCCCUCCGUCCCCCGACACCUCACCGGUGUCCUGCAUGUCCCCGUCCGACAUCGUCCUCAAGACGGGCUCACCCAACUCACCCGAGGGAGAGAACAUCUUCAACUUCAGAGGAACGAGCAAAAGAGGAAGCAGCAGCAGCAGCAGCAGCAGACUUCCCUCCUUUGAGCUGAGUCCGUUGAGCCAGUGCAGUAGCCCACCACCCAGACAGAGACUGUCAUCUGAACCGUGGCUGGCCAUCCACAACCUGGCAUGUCUGAACCGGGCUUACGAGGAAGGCGUGAGGGGGAGGAGCCAGCAGGAGGAGGAAGACAGGGAAGAUUCGAGGCAGGAGGGAGGAGGGAGGGAAGGUGAGGAAGGAGAGGACGAGGUGCUGCACUUCCAUCAGUCCAGGAUGGAGGAGAGGACUGAGAGCAUCCUUCAAAGGAAGGAUAAUAGAUAUGGAUAUAGCUGCCAUGCUCCUCUGAGGGCGUCUCAGUCAGUCCUCUCCCUCACUGAGACGAGCUCGUCUCAGGCAACUCCAAGACGACUGGUCCCCAUGAGGUGUUUGACUCCCGCAGGGUCAACAUCGGACAAGAUGACCCCAAAGAGUGACAAGCUUCCUGCCUGUCUGUCUCCUCACUCCCACCUCCGCAGGAACACCCUCCCCUCCGUCAUGGUGGUUCCUCCUCUGCUUCACCUCCCUCCCUUAGUCACGCAAUCAAACUCCCACCUCCAGGUUCCACCUUCCAAAAGCAGGAGCAUGGUGUUUCUGCCUCACCCGCCCAGCUCCUCUCCACCCGCCUCCUCAUCCAGAGCGUCUACGAGACCAGCAUUGCUCCCUCCGCUGCCGCUCGCCUCCUCCGUCACCUCCCUGGUUGCUCCUCCAGCCCCGUGCUGCAGUGAGAGGAGCAGGAGGUCACUGCGUCGCCACUCGGUGCAGCUCGAACAGAUCGGAGGAGGAGGAACCAUUUAG